UCCUAGCUACCAUAUGUCCAUAUCAAUCUUGAAACCACUCCACAACAAAGAACACAUACACGUACAAGCUAGUAUAGCUAGAAAGAUGAUCAUGCUCACUUCUUCUCAAGUGCCUUCUUUUCUUCUUCUUCUUCUUCUUGUUAUUUUUCCCCUUUCAUUACAACAGAUGCAAGAAGCAUUAGAAAGUGCAGAGGGAAGAGCCCUCCUUGAGUGGAAGGAAACCUUAUCCAAUACUGAUGGUGUUCUUGAUUCAUGGUCCUUUUCCAACCUCAAAAAUAUUUGUAACUGGACAGGGAUCACUUGUAAUAAUGCAACUACAUAUGUUUCUAAGAUCAACUUGAGUGGUUAUAAUUUCAACCUCACAGGUACUCUUCAUAGCUUUGGUUUCGUUUCAUUUCCGAAUCUCACCCAUUUAGUCCUCUAUGAUAAUAGUUUCAUUGGAUCAAUUCCAUCCGCUAUUGCUAACCUCACCAAACUCACAUUCUUGGACCUUAGUCUAAAUCAUUUUGAAUCUAGUAUACCACUAGGGAUUACAAAGUUAACAAGACUCCGAUAUUUAGACCUUUAUGGAAACAAUCUCGUUGGUACUUUUCCCAAUCAGUUUAGCUAUCUUCACAACCUUCGAUACCUCGAUAUAUCAACUAAUCCUUUCGGUGGCCCAUUUCCAGAAACAAUAUUCUCAAAUCUAAGCAAGCUUCAGUCUUUAUAUUGUGAAUCAAAUCUUUUUCAAGGUCCCUUUCCAAUCAAUAUUACCAGCCUUUCAAUGCUUAAAAUAAUCGACCUAUAUGAUAACCAUUUCUAUGGCAUUAUACCUCAAGAAGUUAGUCGACUCACAAAUUUAGUAGAGCUUGAUCUUGGUGAGAAUAACUUCUGGGGUGCCAUUCCACCACAAAUUGGAAACCUCAACAACUUGGAGACACUUAAUCUAGCAAGCAACCAUCUUUCUGGGCCUAUGCCUUCUGCAUUUGGAAAUCUGACAAAUCUGAUGUACUUGUUACUUGCUCACAACAAUCUCAGUACCACCCUAGAGUCAUUUUUAUGCAAUUUCAACUCCCUAGAAAUUCUAGAUCUGUCUAGGAACAAUUUGCAAGGUCCACUACCUCAAUGUUUAUGGAACUUGAGCAAAAAUCUUUGGUUUGUGGAUUUAUCAACAAACCAAUUUGAGGGAAGUAUUCCAGGAGAAUUUGCAGAGAAAAACAUGUUAGAGUUUAUCAAUUUGAAGGGAAAUCACUUGGGAGGGCCAUUGCCUCGAGGCCUAGUAAAUUGUAGCAUCCUUAAGGUUCUAGAUGUUGGAAACAACAAGUUGGUUGGUUCUUUCCCACAUUGGUUAGAUGUUCUCUCUCAUUUGGAUGUACUUAUCUUGAGAUCUAAUCGAUUUUAUGGCACAGUAGGCACUAAUUCCAACACUAAACAUCCAUUCCGAAAGAUGCAUAUAUUUGAUAUCUCCCACAACGAGUUCACAUGUGCUUUGCCAAGGUAUUACUUGGAGAAUUUUGAAGAGAUGCAGAAUGAAAGUGCUAUUGGGGAUGACAUAGAGCUCUCCCAAGAUGAUUAUAUAGACUUUGUGUUGAAAAGUAUGGAGCGUCCAGUGCGGAGCUACAAAUUGUUUACAUUUCUUGAUUUCUCCAAUAACCACUUUCAUGGGGAAAUUCCAGAAUCAAUAGGAAAGCUAAGCUACAUCAGGUUUCUGAAUUUAUCCCAUAACCAGUUGACGGGUUGUAUUCCAUCAUCAUUAGGAAAUCUAUCUAUUCUUGAGGUACUUGAUCUGUCAUCAAAUCAACUUGUGGGUAAGAUUCCUGAACAACUUGCAAAAUCAUUGACAUUUCUAGCUGUACUAAACCUUUCUUGUAACCAUCUUGUUGGUCCUAUUCCACAUGGCCCGCAAUUUAACACAUUUAGCAACGACUCCUUUAUGGGGAACACGGCUCUAUGUGGAUUCCCACUGACAAUACAAUGCCACGGCAGCAAUAAUGGGUCACCGCCCCAAACACCAGCACCAGAUGGUGAGGAGGAUUCAAAAGUUUUUGGGGGCAGAUUUGGGUGGCGAAGUGUUGUUAUAGGAUACUGCAGUUGCAUGCCAUUUGGUAUUUUUGUGGGAUAUCUUGCAUUUUCAUAUGGAAGACCAAGAUGGUUUGUAAGGUUUGUGCUUAUACUUGGAGAUAAGAAGUGAAAGGGCAGGGAUGAGCUUUGGUUUUCGUUUUGAUGGAUGAUGCAAUG